AAGGUCCAGCUGAGGCUGCAGCUGGUGGACGGCGGUCAGACCAGGACCAUGGAGCUCAGUGUCCUCCUGCUCCUUGCUCUGCUCACAGGCCUCUUUCUUCUGCUGGUCAGGGGCCACCCAAAGGCCAGCAGCCGCCUCCCACCAGGCCCCCGUCCUCUGCCCUUCUUGGGGAACCUUCUGCAGAUGGACAGGAGAGGCUUGCUCUAUUCCUUCUUGCGGCUUCGAGAGAAAUAUGGCGACGUGUUCACCGUGUACCUGGGACCAAGGCCUGUGGUCAUGCUGUGUGGGACAGAGGCCAUACGGGAGGCCCUGGUGGACCAAGCUGAGGAUUUCUCUGGCCGGGGGAAAAUAUCUAUUGUUGAGCCAAUCUUCCAGGGAUACGGUGUGAUCUUUGCCAAUGGAGAACGUUGGAAAACCCUUCGGAGAUUCUCUCUGGCCACCAUGAGGGACUUCGGGAUGGGAAAGCGGAGCAUUGAGGAACGGAUUCAGGAGGAGGCUCAGUGUCUGGUGGAGGAGCUGAGGAAAUCCAAGGGGGCUCUCGUGGACCCCACCUUCCUCUUCCAGUCCAUCACCGCCAACAUCAUCUGCUCCAUCGUCUUUGGAGAACGCUUCGACUAUAAAGACCGAGAGUUCCUGCGGCUGCUGGACAUGUUCUAUCAGUCAUUCGCGCUGAUCAGCUCCUUCUCCGGCUUUGCACAGAUCAAUGAGAAGUCCAACCUGCAGAGCGAGUUCCACCACAAGAACCUCGCCAUUACCUUGCUGUCCCUCUUCUUCGCGGGCACCGAGACCACCAGCACCACUCUGCGCUAUGGCUUCCUGCUCAUGCUCAAGUACCCUCACGUGGCAGAAAGAGUCAAAGAGGAGAUUGCACAGGUGAUUGGCUCACACAGGCCACCUGCCCUCGAUGAUCACUCCAAAAUGCCAUACACGGAGGCAGUCAUCCACGAGAUUCAGAGAUUUGGAGACCUCUUCCCCAUUGGUUUGCCCCACACAGUCACUAAAGACACUGUCUUCCGAGGGUACCUCAUCCCCAAGAACACUGAAGUGUACCCCAUCCUGAGCUCUGCUCUCCACGACCCGCAUUACUUUAAAGAACCAGACACCUUCAACCCUGACCACUUUCUGGAUGCCAACGGGGCACUGAAGAAGAAUGAAGCUUUUAUCCCCUUCUCGGCAGGGAAGCGCAUCUGUCUUGGUGAAGGCAUCGCUCGCAACGAACUGUUCCUCUUCUUCACCACCGUCCUCCAGAACUUCUCUGUGGCCAGCCCUGUGGCUCCCCAGGACAUCGACCUCACUCCCCGGGAGAGUGGUGUGGGCAGAGUGCCCCCAACCUACCAGAUCCGCUUCCUGCCCCACUGAAUGGGCUGAGGGAAAAGGGCCAAAGGAUCCAGGGUCAUUGUUUCUACCCCUGUAGAGAAUGACCGAGAUGGCCUCCACAUUUUCCUGUGUCUGAGAGACCUGCUGUGGACCUGCAUCUUCUCUGUCCUUGUCUGCAUCAACAUGGGAAGGUCCUUUGUGUAGUCCUACUUCCUUCAUCAUGCUGUAGCUCUUCCCAGGCUCU